AUGACGUACUCAGACCAUGUCGAGUGUCUUCACCUCAAUGACAUUCGUCUUGAAGAGGGCAGUGACGACCUAGAUCUGGACAUCUCCUCUCCCUCGACUGCGGCCACGGCCACUGACCUCCAGGGCUCCACGUCGAACAAUCGAACGGCUCACAGUUCCGAUGAACUACUCAGCAAUGGACACGUGGGAGGAGCCGGUGGCGGAGGUGGUGGACACCACUCUGAGGAGACCACUGUCACCUCGGCCGUCAGUGCAUUCGCCACCGAACAGUUGGCCGUCUUUGGUGGACUGAUGCGCAAGCUGAGCACUCGAAAGCCUGCCAAGCAAAAGCAGACGGCUGAUGCUAAGGCAAUGGUCAACGGGGACAGCAGCAACCUCAACUCGCCCACUGCGGCCAUCAGCCAGCAGGCAGUGAAGUACACUGGUGGUGGCACCAAGUCUAGUCACCAACAGCAUCAGCAGCAACAGAACCAGUCGGCAUCAACGGCCAACCUGCAUCACCACCAGAACAACCACAGUGGCAAUCGAAGNUCGGCAUCAACGGCCAACCUGCAUCACCACCAGAACAAUCACAGUGGCAAUCGAAGAGUCCAGGAAACAGCUGAUCUAGAUCGAUCACUGAAGGUGACCCGCUCAUCGCCCUCUCCCUCACCGGCAAAGAGUGGCAGUUCACAGAUAACGAACGGCGCCAACAGCAAACACAGAGGCUCAAAGGGAGCCGUCGAUCUGGCGAUGGGCCUGCACCACAAGGGCUAUCCGCCCAAUCUUUCCUAUCCCAACAUCACCGCUACGACUGCCAAUGCCUACCAG